UAUCACUUAAUCUCAAGUGUUUUCGAUUAGAGUGUUUAUUUCCGGAGGCGCCAACCCACCCUGCUUCCUGAAGGUGCAAUAAAUUUCCCCCUAAAGGUGUGGGAAAAAACAACCCCUCAAAGAAGUUUUUUUAGUGAACAGAACGCCCGUCAAAAGACCGGCCCGGCGAUGAAACAGGAGAUUCACCCGACGGUUCGGUUCCAUUGAUGAUAGCGUGAUAAUAAUGAAUUUGAAUCGCGACUUACCACUCCUAUUGCUGGCAUGGACGGUGCUCAUCCUUGGCAUUCAAAUUCGUGACUGUUAUUGUGCCGAUCGAUUACAGGACUCAUCACAGGAUUUGUUCGCGGAAUUUAUACAAUUUAUGAUGUCUCUUCCAGUCGGUGACGAAGGAACAGAUGGAGAAGACGGCCAAGAUGUUCCGCCAGGUGUGCCAACCGAAACAUAAGAUGAGCGAUGCGAUACUAGAAGCAGCGAAAGACGGAAUAUUUCCCCAAACUAAAGAAUUCAAAUGUUACGUGAAUUGCUUAUUUGAUAUGAUGCAAGCGACACGUAAAGGGAAAGUCAACUACGAGAAGUCGCUAAAACAAAUCGACCAGCUGCUACCGGACUACAUGAAAAACGAUUAUCGGAAAGGCUUGGAUAUUUGCAAGGACUCAGCUCAAGGAAUAAAAGACCACUGUGAAUCUGCGUAUGCAUACCUUAUUUGUUUUUAUAACAACAACCCACACUUUAUGUUCCCUUGAAAUUAGAAAACAGUGUCCAAAUGCCAUUUGUAAGAAAUUUAAAAUAUGGUACACGAUAAUACUGAAAACAUUUCUGUUGCAUGUGUAGUUUAUAAGCACCAAAUCACGAAAUAAAUGUGUUAAAUAUUAAGAACAAAAAACAACGACCUGUUUUUUU